AUGAAUUUGAAGUGUAAACCGAGUAUCAAUAUCCCUGUUGUACCUGAUGUGCCUGAUGUGCCUGAUGUGCCUGAUGUAUCUGAUAUGCUUGAAGUGACUGAAGCAUCUAAAUUUCUAGUCGAUUGGAAACGAAAGAGCCACGGCACUCACCGUACUGUGUCCGAAAGCAGCACAGAUUUCCCCCAAACUGAUAUCACUCGAAUGCCGUCUAUUAACUCCACAGUAUCGUCGCCAUCAAGUUAUAGUAUCGACUGGCAAUCCGACAAACGAACCUGGUCCUUUAAAGACGAUUAUGUUUCCUUUCCAAGUCUCGAGCCAGAACCUGUUCCUUGCUCAUCUUAA